AUGGCUAUCCGAUUCCCUUCUGUAGUCUCUGGUGUAAAGCAAAUUCAUGCUAAAAAUCAAAGAGCAGAAGUACCAAAGGGGUGUAUACCAGUUUAUGUAGGUGAUCAGGGUGAUAGAAAGAGAUAUGUGGUGCCACUUUCUUACUUGAGCCAUCCUGCAUUUCAAGACUUGCUACAACUUGCUGAAGAAGAAUUCGGGUUUAAUCAUUCAAUGGGAGGUCUCACGAUUCCUUGCUCUGAAGAGACAUUUAUUGAACUAACUUCUGAAAUAUCAUGA